AGGACGACCGGGACCGGUCCGGUGGGGAUCGGGGUACAAUGGUUGCAUGGCAGCGAACCGUUUCGGCUGGGUCACUGGUGGUUCCAGUGGUCACCAGCGGGUGUGGGAGAGAAAGAGUGGGAUACGAAGCUUGGAGAUGGGGGGGGGAUGGGAAGGAAUGUAGGAGAUGGGAUUGGAUUACCAGGCGGACGGGGAGUGGAGAAGGCCAAACGGGAGGUCACUCCGAAUCCGACAAAUGCGGAGAAAAUGAAUUCCCAAGCGGACGACGCACAGAAGUUGCUGUUUAGGAACUCGCGGAGGUCCAGAGCACUCUUCUUUCCUCUCUCAAAGUCUCAAUUUCUCCGUCCUUCUCCCGGGGCGGCGAGGUAUUUCUGGCUCCAGGACGACGCCUACGUUGUAGCACUGAGCAUAGGGACAUCACCAGGUAUGGCAAUUGACACGGAAUUGCGGUGCUUUAUUUUUAUUUUUAUUUUUUUAUUUUUCUUGUUGUGUUUGGGCUGAUCUUUGUAAUUGUUAUUUUUACAUCCUGCACAAAGUACGAUGCGGGUGGGUGUGUGCAAUGUGCAUGGCACAUUGGACCAGUGGGGUGG